UUAGACACCAAUAAGUGACACCAUCACCACCAACAAUGUUGGGUCGCAAACAAUCGCUUAGGGAUCAGACAUUUGCUCCCGAAGUCGAAGAAUGUAUCCGUACGACCACACUCUGGUGGCAAAGUGUUCACAUGAGACGAUUCAUGCGUUUCUGUGCCUUCCUGUCGCUGGUAUCGGUAUCACUGAACACAUCCUAUACGUUUCAAUCGGCAAAAUCGUUGCUUUACAUUACGUUUGUUAUCGAUUCGUUUGUUACACUGGUAUUUACCGCUGAGUUUAUAUCGAAGAUACAUCUGAGAGGAUUGAAGACCUAUUCGCACGACCGAUGGUCACAGUUUGAUGCCGUUAUGCUUGUCUGUCUCUACAUAUCCCUGACGUUACACGUAUUUGAAAUGACUGGUCAUGUCAGGCCAUAUUCGCCGACAUCGAUAUUGCGGGCACCGCGACCACUCAUAAUGGUACGGUUGGUUCGGGUAUUCCUAUCGUUUUCGAUGCCCAGGGCCCGCAUAACGCAAAUCUUUUUGCGAUCAUCUCAACAGAUCUAUAACGUUACACUGUUUUUCCUGUUCUUCCUCUCACUGUUCGGCUUACUUGGUGUCCAAUUUUUUGCCCGACUCGACCAUCACUGUGUCAUGAAAGACAACUACACCGAAGAACAUGUACCAUCCAUACAACAGUUGGCCAUUCCCGAUACCUACUGUUCGCCGAUUACCACCCGAGGACAUCAGUGUCCGCCGAAAAUGAUUUGCGUCGAAAUAACCAAUUCGAGCGGCUAUUCGGGUUUCGAUAACUUGGCCCACGCCUUGUUUACCGUCUAUCAGUCGGCCUCUCAGGAGGGCUGGAGUCAUGUCAUGUAUGCGGCUAUGGAUUCGUUGGACGCGUUCAGAGCAGCCUUUUAUUUUGUAACCUUAAUCUUCUUUUUGGCCUGGCUGGUCAAAAACGUAUUCAUAGCCGUAAUUACCGAGACGUUCAACGAAAUUCGUGUCCAAUUUCAGCAAAUGUGGGGCGAAAGAGCCAAAAUCACUACCGAAGCUACACCGUCGACACUGGUCGGCGAAAGCCAGUGGCGUCUGAUUCAGUUAACCGAUGCCGACAACCAAUCGCGUGCGCCCCGUAUAAUCAAAGCCGUCAUCAAUACGGCAUCGUUUCAGAUAUUCAUAAUGAUUGUCAUAGUGGCCAACGCUAUUGUCGGCGCGAGUGUCAAAUUUGAACACUCGGGCCGACCGCGCGAAGACUUUUAUAAGACUCUGUAUCCAUUGGAAGUUGGAUUUACAAUAUUGUUUGAUCUGGAAGUGGCGCUGAAAAUCUGGUGCUACGGCUAUCGGUCGUAUAUUCGCCGAUCACUUCAUAUCUUGGAACUGGUACUGUCCAUCGGAUCGACUAUCCAUAUCAUACCCAUACUCUAUAUGAGCGCACCGUUAGUCUAUUUUCAAGUACUACGGAUAGUUAGACUGAUCAAAGCGUCACCAGUUUUGGAGGAUUUUGUUUACAAAAUUUUCGGUCCGGGAAAAAAAUUGGGAUCACUUAUCAUAUUUACAAUGUGUCUACUGAUCGUCACGUCAUCCAUAUCGAUGCAACUGUUCUGCUGUCUCGCCAAAUAUGAAUACACAAAGUUUCAGGCAUUUCCUGAAGCAUUUAUGGCAAUGUUUCAGAUCCUAACCCAAGAGGGUUGGACUGAAGUAAUGAACGAAACAAUAUUGAGAUCGAGUAGAAGUAUUGGUCCAUUAGUUGCCGUCUAUUUUAUAUUAUAUCAUCUGUUUGUCUCAUUGAUUGUGUUGUCGUUGUUUGUGGCCGUCAUAUUGGAUAACUUGGAAUUGGAUGAAGACAUUAAAAAAGUAAAACAAUUGAAAGCCAGAGAACAGUCGGCGGGUAUUAACGAAGAAUUACCGCUAAGAUUGCGGGUAUUCGAGACGUUUCCCGACUCACCGCAGAUGACUCGCGUCCAUAAGGCUUGCAACGAGUUUUCCGUACCGAAAGUUCGCGACUCGUUUAUGCGCUGUUUUGUCGACUUGAAUGAUAUACAAGAGUCGCCAACCGGUAAACGAUUGAUCGAAAACGGUCUCGAAGUUACCAUCCGGAAGCAGAUACCGUUGCGAUUGUUGACAUCGCCGUCGAAAACCAGACAAUCGAGUCCACUUCUACGGCGAGUUCACGUAUCGACCAUUGUUUGCGAUUCAAACAAUCAACGUUUACUGGUCAGCGAUUCGGCCACCCAGUUGGCCGGAUUAUCACGUGUCAAUGGCCGAUCGAUGCGCCGAUCGGUUAGGGGUAAUAUCAAAGAGGAACUGGCACCGGAGGGUGGCGGCGAAAGUGGCGGACCGACUGUCCGCGGCCAGGAUUUUGAUUUUAAAAUGUUGCAACGUAAGCGACAACAGGCCGAAAUGAGACGUACGCAACGGGAAUGUGACCUCCGGGAAAAUCACCCGUUUUUCGAUACACCACUGCUGCUGGUUGGCCGCGAGUCCAAGUUUCGUAUAUAUUGUCAGAAAAUUAUUACAGCCAAAUACGAUCCGAAAAACAGGGACCCGAUUACCGGGAAAGAGCGUAAACUGAAAUAUAAAGGACUACACGAUUUGUUUGGUUUGGUUCCGUAUUGUGAUUGGCUGAUGAUAUUCGUAACGACAGCUUCGUGUGCGUCGAUGAUGUUUGAAACGGUUACCCGACGUGUAGAUAAUACACCCGAACUUAAGAUUGCCGAAUAUGUGUUUGUUAUUGCAAUGGCCAUUGAAUUGUUGAUGAAAACGUUGGCCGACGGCUUGUUUUUUACGCCCAAUGCACUGUUGGCACACGUGGCCGGUAUUAUGGACUUCUUUAUAUUCGGCGUUUCGCUGGUCUUCAUAGUCGUAAUGCCCGAACACGUACCGCCACAGUCCCUGAUCCAGACACUGCUUGUCCUGCGAUGUGUUCGGCCGUUACGUAUCUUUUCGUUGGUACCGCAUAUGCGUAAAGUUGUCUACGAAUUGUGUCGCGGUUUCAAAGAGAUAGCAUUGGUAUCCGUUUUGCUUAUUGUCCUCCUAUUUGUAUUCGCUUCGGUCGGCGUCCAUAUGUUUGGCGGACUACUGGCCCGUUGUAACGAUCUGAACAUUACCAGACGGGAGGACUGUGUGGGUGUAUUCAAACGGCCAGUACAUGUGACCCGAAUGAAACUGGAAAACCAUAACGACUCGAUGCCUGUCGUACUCGUCCCUAGAGUUUGGGCAAACCCGCGUCGCUUUAACUUUGAUUCGCUGGGAAACGCAAUGUUAGCCCUGUUUGAAGUACUUUCAUUCAAGGGAUGGCUUGAUAUCAGGGAUGUCCUACUGUAUCGAUUGUCUCCUUUGCACACCAUAUACAUCCAUGUGUUUGUAUUUUUGGGAUGUAUGAUCGGAUUGACCUUGUUUGUCGGUGUCGUUAUUGCCAAUUACGGUGAAAACAAAGGUACGGCACUGUUGACUGUCGACCAGAGACGUUGGUGUGAUCUGAAAAAGCGAUUGAAAAUUGCUCAGCCAUUACAUUUGCCACCCAGACCAGACCAUCAUAAGGCACGGGCCAUCAUCUACGACAUUACACAACACAUUAUAUUCAAGAGAGCCAUUGCGCUGUUAGUUUUGGCCAACUCGUCGCUGUUGUGCGUAUCGUGGGAUACGAAACAAAAACAUACCAUACCGUUGGCCACCAUAUCGGCCGGCCUGACCUGUAUAUUCGUAUUCGAAGUCCUGAUGAAAAUGAUGGCCUUCACGCCCCGCGGCUACUGGCAAUCGCGUCGCAAUCGUUACGAUCUGUUUGUCACUGUAUUGGGUGUCUUCUGGCUGGGCCUACACUUCAUCCUAAUGGACGAAACGUCCAAUGCUUUCGGUUUUAUUGUCGUAAUCCUGCGAUUCUUUACCAUCACUGGCAAACACGCCACACUCAAGAUGUUGAUGUUGACCGUUGCGGUCAGUGUCUACAAGUCGUUCUUCAUCAUAAUGGGCCUAUUCCUGUUGAUCCUGUGCUACGCACUGGCCGGUGUCAUACUGUUCGGUUCGGUAAAGUUUGGCGAAAACAUUUCCCGACACGCCAACUUCCGUACGGCACCGAACGGUGUCAUCACAUUGUUCCGUAUAGUUACCGGCGAAGACUGGAAUAAGAUAAUGCACGACGCAAUGCUAUCGCCACCGUUCUGCACUCGUGGCCACGACUACUGGUCAACCGAUUGCGGCAACUUUUCCGCCUCACUAUCCUUCUUCUGUUCGUUUUACGUAUGCAUCACUUAUAUCGUAUUGAAUCUAUUGGUGGCCAUUAUUAUGGAAAACUUUUCCCUAUUUUACUCCAACGAAGAGGACGCCCUCCUGUCCUACGCCGAUAUCCGUAACUUUCAGAAUACCUGGAAUUUGGUCGACCUAUCCCAACGGGGAAUGAUUCCCGUAUCGAGAGUCCGGUUUGUCCUACGGCUGCUCAAAGGUCGGCUGGAAGUUGAUCCCAACAAAGAUCGGCUACUAUUCAAACAUAUGUGUCACGAAAUGGAACGGCUGCACAACGGCGAAGAUGUAACCUUUCACGAUGUCCUCAAUAUGUUGUCCUAUCGAUCGGUAGAUAUAAGGAAAUCCUUACAACUGGAGGAAUUGCUUGCUCGAGAGGAACUGGAGUUUUUGAUCGAGGAAGAGGUAGCAAAAGCAACGAUACGUUCGUGGCUCGACAAAUGUCUUCGGCGGAUCAAAAAAGAAAAACAACACCAAUCGCUGCUACAUUCGCUUCGGGCACAAAACGAACCGCUACUGCCGCUGAACGUCGGAACACUGGCCGAUGCCGAAGAUGCCUUAGCAAUGACCGGCGGUACACCCAAUGCCUUCAAAGUGGCCACCCGUACCGAUUCGAUGAACUCGUCGGGUCGUAAAGUCUUGUUGGCGCCGAACGAAAUUCGGUCACGACUUUUACCGCUAGUAUCCGAACGCGAGGACAGCGAUACCGAACAGAACAGUUUGCUGAAGAAUACGAAAAUGAAUUCAUUGAUUCAGCCGAAGGCUCAUCUGAUUGUCGGCGAAGUACACGACUGGUGGGACUCACAGUAAUUCAAACCAAAAAUAAAUCAAUCAAUCAAUUCAUUGGUGUUAUUAUUAUUGUUGUUAAUAGUUAUUCAAUC